AUGUCUGAAAUAAACGAACAACGUGUANUUAAAACUGCUUUAGGAAACGAUUCUUUAAGUCGCUCCGUUACUUUCGAGUGGUUUAAACGUUUCAAGGAUGGUCGACAGUCAAUUAAAAAUGAUCCACGUUCUGGAAGACCGUCUACAUCUAGAAACGAUGAUGUGGCGAACAUUUACGAAAAAGUGCGAAAUGACCUGUUUUGUGAAAUGAUCGAAUUAACUGUUCGCGAGUUAGCAAAUGAAACAGGAAUUUCAAUUGGAUCUUGUCAUGAAAUUUUAACGGAAAAUUUACAGAUGAGAAGGGUAGCUGCUAAAUUCGUUCUGCAGUUGUUGAUAUCGAAACAAAAGGAAAAUCGUUUGACGAUUUGUCAAGACCUUAAAAAUCGAUUUGCUGAUAUAAAUUUCAUAAAAAACAUCAUCACAGGGGACGAGACAUGGGUUUCUCAGUUAUCUCAGUGGAAAACAAAAUUUUCCCCUCGACCAAAAAAAGCUUGCCAAGUGAGAUCGAAUGUCAAAACAAUACUGAUUGUUUUUUUUGAUAUUGAAGGUAUUGUUCAUUAUGAAUUUGUGCCCCAUGGACAAACAGUCAAUCAGGUAUUCUAUAAAGAUGUAUUAAUACGUUUGCAAGAGAGAAUUCGUAAAAAGCGCCCAGAAAAAUCGUGA